AAGAGACGCUUUGAGGAAGCAAAGCGAAGGCAGCCUUCCGGGACUGCGCAGGAAAGCUGCAAAUCAGGAGUGUUCUGGAAAUGAAUUUGUCAAGUGCAGUGAAAAAACAUAGCUGACAAUAUUUUCACAAUGGCUGGCAUCACGGGUGAAAGUCAGCUACAGCGUAUUAUAAAAGAUUUACAAGAUGCUGUAUCUGAACUCAACAAGGAAUUUAAAGAAAUGAGGGAACCAAUCACUGAUGACAGCACACAUUUACAUAAAGUUUUCUACAAGCUGGAAUAUCUACUACAGUUUGAUCUUAAGGAAAAAACAACACUUCUAGGAAGUAAAAAAGACUAUUGGGAUUACUUCUGUGACUGCCUUGCUAAACUAAAAGGAGCAAAUGAUGGAAUUCGCUUUGUAAAAUCUAAUUCUGAGCUGAAGACAUCCCUUGGAAAAGGACGGGCUUUCCUGAGAUAUUCAUUGGUCCAUCAGAGGCUGGCAGACACAUUGCAGCAAUGUUUUAUGAAUGAACGAGUAACCAAGGACUGGUACUAUGCAAGAAGCCCUUUCCUGAAAAUGAGAACAAGUUUAGAAAUUGUAGGUUACUUAUAUGAACUUACUGAAGUCCAGUUUGACCUCACAGCUAAAGGCUAUGACUUAGAUGCUGCAUGGCCAUCAUUUGCCAGAAGGACAUUGGGAUCAUCUGUUUCUUCUUCAUACUCAUGGAGGCCUCCAAGUCGCAGUUCCAGUAUGAGUAGCCUGUUAAGCAGUAACUUUCAGGUUCCAGAGUUUCCAGUGAAUCCUGAAACAAUAGACAGCUUGGAUGAAAUGCACAUUGUGUUAGACCAGACAGAAGUCCAAAUGAGAGAAUUGGAAGAACGUGUGAAGGAACUUGAGAAAGAGAACCAAGAGCUACAAACAUUAUUGCGAUUCCAGCUAGAACAAUCAAAGGCAGACAAAGAAAAAAAUCAUGGCAUUGCAGAAGGAAAUACCUCUUUGACAAGAAUGAUAGAGGUGUUACAUAAACAACAUGGGUUCACCCUGACCACCCACAAUGUUGUCCAUGAGCUGCAAAACAACCUGCCUAGAUUAAAACUGAAUGAGCCUGGGAAGGAUAAAGAAAUGCAGCUAGAAAUGUCUUCACAGCAUGACGCUCUUGUCCAGAUAGUAGGUAAACACAGAAAUUUGGAAAUUCUAAGAGAAAUUGAUACACUUAACCCUGAAAGCACAAAUGAGCUAGACUCUGAGAAUGAGCACAAACAGAAACACAAUGAAUAUCAACACCAAACACGCAGCAAUAAUGUUUCAUGUCCAUCAUCAACUGAAAUGGAAAAACCUACUCAGUCAGAGGAAGUUCGGGAAUCAGCAUUGCUUGAGAAACCUCUAACUGAAGCACUAGGUGCAUUGAAUAAAGAAGGCAUCUCUAAAGAACUGCAAAAGGAAAAGACUUUAACAGAACAAUUAUAUAUUCUAGAAAAACAACUAUCAAACAUGUCACAAAAUCUUUCCAUACAUGAAAAAGAAAAACAGCAGCUAAUUAUUGAUAAAGAUAAUCUCUUUAGAUCUGUAGAGAGCCUGGAAGAGCAAAUAGAGAAGCAAAGUUUAGAGACUAAAACAGUCACUGAGAAAAAUGACAAACUAAUCUGUCAGAUUGAAGAACUCUACAAAGAAAACGAAAGACUUGAACAUGAGAAUCGUACAUUGCAAGAAACAAUAUAUUCUCUGGAGGCACAGAUUGAAAUUUUUUGUGAAUCUGAAAAAUAUUUACAGAAUCAAAUAGGUACUGCCCUGGUAUCAGUCGAUGAAAAGGAAAAGAAACUUUGGGAAUUAAAUAAACAAUUAGAAGAAAACUUGCAAAUUUCUAAGAAACAGUUUAAAAACAUGGAAGAAAAGUGUAAAAUUUUGGAACAUGAUUUUAAAGAAAUGGAAAGUCAGGAAAAGCAAGCAAACAUGAAUUUGUCCUUGCUUCAAACAGAUCAUGAAAAUGCAAUGAUGCUAAUUUCACAGAUGGAGGGAAAUAUUGCAUCUAUGAAAGAAACUGAAAAAUCAUUGAAUGCAGAAUUACAUGAGAAUAAGCAGAUGUUCGAAGAAAAAGGAGGAAAGUUAUUUGACCUUGCUAAUAAAAUGGUAAUGUGUACUAGACAGUAUCAGAGAAGUGAAACAAUUAAGACAUUCUAUCAAACUGAUAUAUUUGAACCACUGACAAAUGAAAAUGAUUUAAUGGAAAAAAAAGAAAGUCAUGAAAAUAAGAUUUUAGAUAUAACCAAAAUUUACGUAGCAGAAAAGCAACUUGAGUUUAGUUUGUCAGAGAUGAAAAGACUACAAGCAGAGAUAACAGAAGUCAGGGACAUGCUCAGUCAAAUCAAUGAAGAGAAGGAAAAUGCUCUAAAAAAGGUUUCUGUCACAGAAACACUGUUAAGUGAGAACCAGAAUUUGAUUCAGCAGUUGAAAGAGCAAGUCGAGCAGUUUCAAAUUGGUCAUAUGGAAGAACAAAUGAAGUUUAGAAGCAAAGAGGAUCUGUUACUAGAAGAAAGAGAGAAAAUUGCUCUUCAGAAGUUAGAUCUGGAAAAACAAACUUCCUCUUUGAAGGAAGAAUUGAUGCAAGUGAAAAAAUGGGCUGAGAAAACAAGGAUGGAGAAUGAUGAAACAAAAGAGUCGCUUAAAAGUGCAAAUGUAAAUAUCAGUGAACUCAACACUCAAAUGCUCAGUUUGGCUAAAGAGAAGGAAGAAAUAGAAAUCAAGUUUCUUCAGCUUUCCAAGCACAUGCAUGAGUAUGAAUACCAAGAUAUUCAAGAGAAAGAGAAGCUACGUCACGAUCUUACUGCACUGAAGAAGAUAAACACUGCACUGGAAGAGAAAUUGAAGGAUCACGAAACCUGUUCUGCAACUUUUACGGCUCUUGAAGAAAAAAUAUUGGAAUCUGAAAAAAAAGUAAAAUCCAUUCACGAUAGCACCCAGGAGGAGAUUGCAACAACAAAAUUUAAAUAUAGCACUGAGAUAUUGGAUUACCAGAAAAAAAAUAAGAUUGUUAGUGACGAACUUGAAAAUUUUAAACAAGAAUUGGAAGAUAAAAAGCAGAUGUUCAUGGAACUGCAGAUGCAGAUGGAUCAAAUGCAGGAAUUACAGAUGGAAAAGACCAAGCAGCUGACAGAUGAAGUGAGAAUACGAACUGAGUAUGAAUCUUUAAUAGCAAAGUAUGAAGAUGAUGCAAAAAUAUUAAAAGAGUCCCUUCAAAGAAAAGAAGCUGAGCUGGAAACCGCAAAUCAACAAUUCAAGAAAUGUUCUGAGAAACUCAUCAGCUUGAGACAGGAAACAGACAACAAUAAUCAGAAGAUGCUGGCCCACAUUGAUGAUUUAAACAGAACAAAACAGUAUCUUGAAGAACGCUUGGUAGAACUCAUUAGGGAUAAAGAUGCUCUUUGGCAGAAAUCUGAUGCACUGGAGUUUGAGCAGAAGAUGCGUGCAGCAGAACGCUGGAUGGGGGACACGGAGGUGAAUCAGUGUCUUGACUGCAAAAAAAGUUUUAACUGGAUGGUCCGACGACAUCAUUGCCGCUUAUGUGGACGCAUUUUUUGCUACUACUGCUGCAAUAAUUAUGUAAUGACAAAGCACAGUGGCAGAAAGGAACGAUGCUGCUUGGAUUGUUUUAAGAAUAAUCAAACGAAAAAUACUUGUAAUUCAGGAAAUGAAGAGAACACUUCUCUACAACAAUCGGCAAAUAUAACUAUCCGUGGAGUAACAGUUUCUGAGGAAUCCGAAUCACACAAGGAUACCGUUUUUGAUAUUAUCACAGAUGAAGAGCUCAGCCAAGUGCAGUACUCCACUUCCUCCCUGGCAGGAGACCAUGAUUUGUUGGACCAGUGUACAGCAGAAUUGAAUGGCAUAUCAAGUUCACGGACUACUGAUGAUUCUGAAGAUUUGCAGAUCCCUCAAGACAAUGAAAUACAUUUAUUGACAACAGGAGAACUUAUGUUAAAGUUGCCUUUGACUGUAGACGAAAUCAUGAACUUUGGUGACAGUAAUAGGGAGCUCUUUAUCAAGUCUGGUACCUACAGCAUCAUACCUAUCACUGUUAAAGAGCCUGGUCUUAGCAUCAGUUGGAUAUUCUCAUCUGACACUAAAAGCAUUACGUUCAGUGUGGUGUAUCAAGAAACUGAAAGUGCUCCUUUGGACCAAUGCAAGGUCCUUAUACCAAUGGUCCGUUGUAAUUCACACCUAGAAUCUAUCCAAGGAGAACUAAAAGUCAGGAAUCCUGGAAUUUAUUCUCUCAUAUUUGACAAUACUUUCUCAAGAUUUGUAUCUAAAAGAGUGUUUUAUCGCUUGGCUGUGGAACAACCCAUUGUCUAUGAUGGAAGUGAUUCUUCAUAAUGAAAUAGAAGAAAAAGCUCAAGCAGUUUGGUUUAUUAUUCUAGUACAUACAUUAUAAACACUAUUGACAAGGUACUGUUGUAGGAAAAUUAGGCUUGUCUCCAAUCUGAAGAGGAAAAAAAACAUGUGGGUGUCUUUAAUGUCUCAGCAGUGUAAAGAUCUAUUUUUAGUAAGGUGAUGUUGUAAUGUUAUACACGAAAUCACGAUAGCCAUAACAUUAUGCCCACUGACAGUAGAAGUGAAUUAACACUGAUAAUCUUGUUAUCAUGACAUCUGUCAGUGGGUGGGAUAUAUUAAGCAGCAAGUGAACAUUUUGUCCUCAAAGUUGAUGUGUUAGAAGGAGGAAAAAUUGUGAUGGUUAGAUGAUUGGAUCAGAGGAUCUCCAAAAGGGUGAAGU